AUUAUCAGGUUGAUAAAGGAAGCGACCAAGAGAGGCGACGACUCAGCUAAAGGCAAUCAUCAAGAAAAUACAUAGGAAAGAAGCUCGAAACUUUGCUCAAAAGAAAGAAAAAACACUCGAAACUAUGUGAGAAAUUUCCUUCAAAUUUUCUUUAAAAAGUCAAUUUUAACUUCACAACACGCGAGCGAGUAAGUGUACUCCAGUCAUGGAAGAGUGCAGAUACGAGACGAGCGAGUUACAGGCUUCUUUCAUGACGGCGACUCCGUUGUGGUCUGAUUCAUGGAGUUUAUGCGACGUCGCAGAUCGCACAAGGAGUAUUCAGAUCCAGCGCAUCGCCAAAAUCAUGUUCAUUGCUUUACCGGAGGUGGAGAUAAGUCAAGCGGAUAAUCUCGUGGUCCUGGACGACGCAUUUUUCUCGAACUUGUCCACAUCAUUACCCUCCGAUGAGCCUCCUCCUAUGGUCAACGGUGCAAUACGCGACCUUUUUGUUUCCUCGGCUCUCUAUAUUCAGUCACAGAUCACACAAGGAUUGGAAAUGGAAGAAAGAAAACAGGUGGUAAUAACCGGACAUUCAACUGGUGGCGCUGUGGCCGCACUCACCGCACUUUGGCUUCUCUCACAACCUUCCAAGCCGUCAUUCCGCCUCCUUUGCAUCACAUUCGGCUCUCCUUUUCUGGGAAACCAAUCUCUUUCUUCUUCCAUCUCCCGUUCACGUUUAGCCCACAACUUCUGCAACGUGGUCUCCAUCCACGACCUCGCUCCCUGUAGAAACGAUGAUCUCUGGCCAUUUGGAACUUUUCUCUUUUGUUCCGACAAUGGAGGUGUCUGCUUAGACAACGCUGCUUCAGUUCGUAGGAUGUUUCUUAUACUCAACUCAACAGGAACUCCAAACAUUGAGGAACGUCCAAGGUACGAACAUUACGUGUCUAGACUCUCUCACCAGUUUCUCAUAUCUAGAAGCUUUCACGGUGGAAGUAUCUCAGACAAUAGCUACCAAACAGGUGUCGCAUUAGCCCUAGAGUCUUUAGGAUUAUAUAUUGAUCACCCAAGUCGUGUAUCAGCGAAAGAAUGCAUAGAAGCAGCUACAACAAUUAGUCGUGCACCGAUUUUGAGAUCAAGCGAGUUAGCUAAUGAGCUUGGUAAUGUCGUGCGAUGGAGACUAGAUAUUCAAUGGUACAAAGACAGGUGCGACGCAUCACCAAUGCAGCUCGGUUACUACGAUAACUUCAAAGUAAUGUCAAAAAGUGAGAUAAGGGUGAUCAAGAGUCGCGUAUUGCUAGCUAAGUUUUGGGAUGGUGUGUUAAGAAUGUUGGAGAAGAAUGAGUUACCAUUUGAUUUUCAUCUCGGAAAGAAAUGGGUAUAUGCAUCCCUGUUUUACCAACUCUUAGCCGAACCACUGGACAUUGCAUACUUUUACAAAUACGACUAUUCAAGGACUAAAGGUCACUACUUGGAGAAUGGGAAUAGACACAAAAGGUAUGUAGUGAUUGAUAAGUGGUUGAAAGAAAGAAGAGAGCUUCAUAAAGAGAAGCGUUCAAGAACUCAAUAUGCAAGCACUACACAGGAUACUUGCUUCUGGGCUAAGCUGGAGGAAGCAAAAGAGUGUCUGGAUGAUAUGAGAAGCAAAAGUAUUGAUGCGGAGAGACGAUAUUUGUUACGGGAAAAGAUUGUUGGGUUUGAGAACUAUGCUGAUACAUUGGUGAAGAUGAAGGAAGUUUCGGUUGAUGUUUUGGCGAGGGAGUCGAGUUACAGUAAGUGGGUGGAGAAGUUAAAAGAGUUUAAGCCCCACAUGGAUAAUAUGGUUGUUGAUGAGAGCAAUGCAAUGGAGAUUCAGUAGAAAUAAAAGCAAAUCUAAUUUAUGAUAUGCUAUAUAACAAUGUUUAUCAACUCUUUUUCAUCAUGUUUAUGUAAGACUUUCUGAUGUAUGCUACAAUAUUCCAAAACAGUUUAUAAUUUGUGUUCAACAA